GUCUUCUUGUUGAAGAAACGAAACUGUCAACAAUUGCAUGACUUGGAGGCUUUCCUCUCUUCCUAAAGAAGAACAGAAAACAGCUGGAAAUUAUUAUAAGGCCUCCCGUCUACCUUGAAUGAGGAGAUGGAGGAGGGGGGUCCUACUUCUAAAAGCACCAUGUCUAGGGAACAUGGCCCCCAGAGCGAAGCUGAAAGCCCCGAGCAGCAGGACAGAGCAGACUCCCCUGAACCCAGCUGUGUCUCCAUGAAGAGUGACUGGUCUAUGGAUCCACCUGUCACGUUUAAAGAUGGAAAUCAGUCUAUUGAAAAAAGAAGAGUCCAGCCGGAGAGAGCAGACUCCCCUGGACCCAGCUGUGUCUCCAUGAAGAGCGACUGGUCUAUGGAUCCACCUGUCACGUUUAAAGAUGGCCGCCCCUGCAGAAAGGAAAGAAGCCACCAUCAGGAGAGAGCAGACUCCCCUGGACCCAGCUGUGCCUCAGUGAAGAGAGACCAGUCUAUGGAUCCACUUCUUAAAUUUGACGAUGGAAAUCAGUCUACUGAGAAAAGAAGAGUCCAGCAUGUGAGAGCAGACUCCCCUGGACCCAGCUGUGUCUCAGGGAAAAGUGACCAGUCUAUGGAUCCACCUCUUAAAUUUAAAGAUGGAAAUCAGUCUACUGAGAAGAGAAGAGUCCAGCACGAGAGAGCAGACUCCCCUGGACCCAGCGUCCCCAUGGAGCGGGACUGCUCUAUGGAUUAUCCUUUUAAUCUCAAUGAUGGAAAUCCCCAACCGGUUAAGAAAAGGAAGGUCAAGCAUGAGGAUACGGACUCUGCGGGACCCAACUGGGUCUCCAUGAAGAGUGACUGGUCUAUGGACCCUCCUGACCAAUUUAAAGAUAAGAUAGGAGAGGAGAGAAAACAGCAGGAGAGGUCAAAGAUGACCAGGGCUCAAAUAGAGCUUAUCAAGAGGGCUGAGGAGAACGCACACGCUUUCCUGGAAAAGGAGCUGAAGAAGCUCUGGAGGGUUCUCUUACCAGAUUACCCACAAUACUCAGACAGUGAGUGGGAGGAGGAGGAGGUGGAUGGUAAGAAGGAGAAGCAGAGGAGGCGCGCCAUAGAGGGAGUGGUAGACAUCACAAAGCACUGCCUGAUGGAGAUGAACGAGGAGGAACUGGCUGACACACUGAGAAGUGGCAGUCGUAGCCAUGACCAGCCUCUCCAACCACAUCCAACAACAAAAACUGUUGCAGUCGAGUGCCAACAUAAAUUCAUGGCUCACCUGAAGCGGAAGUUCCGUUGGGUGUUUGAGGGAAUCGCUAAAGCAGGACAGUCAAUACGUCUGAAUAAUAUCUACACAGAGCUCUUCAUCAGAGAGAGAGGCACUGGAGAAGUCAACCAGGAACAUGAGGUCAGAUGGAUUGAAACUGCUUCCAGGAAACCAGCAAAGGAGGAAAACCCAAUCAAAUGUGAAGACAUCUUAAAACCUUUACCUGGACAAGAUCAACCAAUCAGAACAAUAAUGACAACUGGAGUUGCCGGCAUUGGUAAAACCUUCUUAACGCACAAGUUCACUCUGGACUGGGCUGAAGGCAAAACAAACCACAACAUAAAUUUCACAUUUCCCAUCACAUUUAGAGAGCUAAAUUCACUGAGAGGGAAAGAGUUUAGUUUGGUGGGACUUCUUCAUCACUUCUUUAUUGAAACCAAAGAAGCAGGAAACUGCAGAUACGACCAGUACCAAGUUGUCUUCAUCUUGGAUGGUCUCGAUGAGUGUCGACUUCCUCUGGACUUUCAGAACAACCAAAUUUGGACUGAUGUCACAAAGUCCACCUCUGUUGACGUGCUGCUGACAAACCUCAUCAGGGGCGACCUACUUCCCUCCGCUCACAUCUGGAUCACCACACGCCCUGCGGCAGCCAACCAAAUCCCAGCUGAGUGUGUUGACAGGGUGACAGAGGUAAGAGGGUUCACCAAUGCACAGAAGGAGGAGUACUUCAUGAAGAGAUUUUCAGAAGACAAAGAGCUAGCGAACACAAUCAUCGACCAUGUCAAGACAUCACGAAGCCUCCACAUCAUGUGUCACAUCCCAAUUUUCUGUUGGAUCAGUGCAAAUGUUCUGAAGUACUUCACAGGAAAAGAGAUGCCCAAGACCCUGACUCAGAUGUACAGCCACUUCCUGCGCGUACAGUCCAUUCAGGGGGACAUGAAAUAUCAUGGCAGUACUGAAACAGAUCAACAAUGGAGUUCAGAGAGCAGAGAGAUUAUUGUUUCUCUGGGAAAACUGGCUUUUAACCAGCUGAAGAUAGGCAACCUGAUCUUUUACGAGGAAGACCUGGCAGAGUGCGGCAUUGAUAUCAAAGCAGCCUCAGUGUACUCAGGAGUGUUCACCCAGAUCUUUAAAGAGGAGUGUGGGCUGUACCAGGACAAGGUGUUCUGCUUUGUCCAUCUGAGCAUCCAGGAGUUUCUGGCUGCCCUUCAUGUCUUUCUGUCUUUCAUCGACACUGGUGUCAAUCUGCUCUCAGAAGAACAGCCAACCUCAAUGGAAGAUGAACUCCUCCUCUACAAGAGUGCUGUUGACAAGGCCUUACAGUGUGAGAAUGGACGCCUGGACUUAUUCCUCCGCUUCCUCCUGGGCCUCUCUCUAAAGACCAAUCAGAAACUCCUACGAGGUCUCCUUGCAGAAAGGAAGAAAGGAAGUAGCUCAAGGAUCAAUCAUGGAACAGUUCGUUACAUCAGGGAGAAGAUGAGAGGAGAUCUCUCUCCAGAGAGUAGCAUCAAUCUCUUCCACUGUCUAAAUGAGCUAAACUGCCGUUCUCUUGUGGAGAAGAUCCAUCAGUCCCUGACAUCAGGAAGUCUCUCCGGAGAAUCUCUCUCUCCUGCUCAUUUUUCAGCGCUGGUCUUCAUCUUACAUUCAUCAGAAGAGGGGCUGGAUGUAUUUGACUUAAAAAAAUACCCUGCUUCAGAUGCGGGCCUUCUGAAGCUGCUGCCAGUAUUUAAAGACUCCAAAACAUUUCUGCUGAAUGGCUGUGGUCUGUCAGAGGAAUGCUGUGAAGCUCUGGCCUCAGUUCUCAGCUCCGACACCUCUAGUCUGAGAGAACUGGACCUGAGUACCAAUGAUCUGAAGGAUUCAGGAGUGAAGCUGCUCUCUGCUGUACUGGGGAGUCACUGUACACUGGAAACACUCAGGCUGACUGGCUGUCAUCUGUCAGAGGAAUGCUGUGAAGCUCUGGCCUCAGUUCUCAGCUCCAACACCUCUAGUCUGAGAGAGCUGGACCUGAGUAUCAAUGAUCUACUGGAUUCAGGAGUGAAGCUGCUCUCUGUUGGACUGGGGGAUCCACGCUGUACACUGAAAUCUCUCAGGCUGAAUGGCUGUGGUCUCUCAGAGAGAUGCUGUGAAGCUCUGGCCUCAGUUCUCAGCUCCAACAGCUCUAGUCUGAGAGAGCUGGACCUGAGUACCAAUGAUCUGAAGGAUUCAGGAGUGAAGCUGCUCUCUGUUGGACUGGGGAGUCAAAACUGUACAUUGGAAACUCUCAGGUUGUCUGGCUGCCUGGUCACACAGGAAGGCUGUGCUUCUCUGGCCUCUGCACUGAGCUCCAACCCCUCCCAUCUGAGAGAGCUGGACCUGAGCUACAAUCACCCUGGAGACUCGGGAGCUGCGCUGCUCUCUGCUGGACUGGAAGAUCCACGCUGGAGACUGGACACUCUCAGUGUGGAGCACGGUGGAGUUAGGAGGCUAAAACCAGCUCUUAAGAAAUAUGCCUGUAAACUCACACUGGACCCAAACACAGCCAACAAACGACUCUCUCUGUCGGAGGACCUCAGAAAGGUGACAGAGGUUGAAGAGAAGCAGAAAUAUGAUGAUCACCCAGAGAAAUUUUACUCCUAUAGCAAGGUGUUGUGUAGACAGGGUCUGACUGGCCGCUGUUACUGGGAGGUAGAGUGGAAAGGAGAGGUCUCUAUAGGAGUGACAUACAGAGGAAUCACAAGGAGAGGUGAUGACUGCAAGCUUGGAAGGAACAACAAGUCCUGGAGUCUUGAGUUUCAUGAUGAUCAUUACUCUGCCCAGCACAGUGAUAAAGAUUCAGACAUGCCUACACCCUCUGGCUCUGAUGAUGAAGAAGAUGUUGAUGUUGAUGAUGAGGAUGAUGAUGAUGAUGAUGAUGAUGGUUAUCUUGAUUAUGGUUUUGAUGAUGAUGAUGGUUAUGGUGUUGAUUAUAGUGAUGGUGAUGAUAUGCUUGAUGAUGAUGGAUAUGACAAAAGUGGGUAUGAUGACUUUGAUUCUGAUAAGGAUUAUGAUGUUGACGACAAUGGUGAUGAUGACUUUGGUGAUGAGGAUCAAUAUAGUGUUGAUGAUGAUGACUAUGAUGAGGAUGAUUACUAUGGCAAAAUUGCUAUUGAACGUUACUUUGCCUGGUGCAAUGGUAGAGCAACAGUCAUAAGUCUCCCCAUCACUAGCUAUGAUGAUGAAGAUGACAUUUCUGGUGAUUCUGAUGUUGCUGACUUUUCCUCUGCCCGACACAACAGCUCCACUGGCUCUAACAGAGUAGGAGUGUAUCUGGACAUGCGUGCUGGCACUCUGUCCUUCUACAGAGUGUCCUCAGACACACUGACACACAUCCACACCUUUCAGUCCACAUUCAACCAGGAACUCCAACCUGGGUUUGGAUUUGAGUUAAAGGGCUCUGGUUCCACAGUGUCUCUGUGUCGAUUGUAGAAACACACAUGCACACACGCGUGUGCACACAUACAUACACAUUUAUUUGUCAUCUUUUUUGUUCAGUGAAUGUAUGCAAUAUUAUUUUAAACAUUAGUUAAUGCAAUGUUUUCUAUUGUUGUCUUGAUGAUUCAUAUGGACCCCGACCCCUGAAAAAUCCCAGCUUAGAUUUUGUUUUAAUCAUUUUAUUUCCAUUGUGUAGUAGGGGUGUAACGGUACAUGUAUUUGUAUUGAACCGUUUCGGUACGGGGUGCUCAGUUCGGUGCGGAGGCGCACCGAACGAGUUUCCAUACGGACAUAUUAAGUAUAGGACCGCAUGUGUGGAACAUGCUGCGGCCGCACAUGCACAGUUGCGCACACCGUAGCUGUGUUCGAAAUCGUUCCCUAUUCACUCACUCACUAUUCCCUAUAUAGUGAUCAUGAUAUAGUGCACUAUUUAGGGAACGAACAAACGAGAAUUCGGACACUACGCUGAACAU